AUGGCCAAUAAUGAGACAGAGGUUGCUGCCUCUAUCGACAGUGCUACCACUACUCCCGCUGUGAGUGUCCAUGGAAAUAACGACCCUGAGAAAGGACUCGCGCCACCGGAAAAGGACGAAUCACAACCACCUACCGAGAAGUCAAUUGCUGCUGGCCCAGCACCAACAACACUGGCCAUCGGCCCACCACCUGAUGGAGGUGCGCAAGCAUGGCUGGUCGUGCUAGGAGCUUUCUGCGGUCUAUUCGUCAGCUUUGGCUGGAUCAACUGCAUCGGAGUCUUCCAAGCAUACUAUCAAAGUCACCAAUUGAGCGAGUUCUCCACCAGCACAGUAACAUGGAUCACAUCGCUAGAGACGUUCAUGAUGUUCUUCUGCGGCCCAAUAUUCGGAACUAUGUUCGACAGCUACGGCCCGCGCUGGAUCCUCCUCCUCGGCACAAUCCUCCAUGUCUUCGGCCUGAUGAUGGCUUCCCUCUCAACAGAGUACUACCAAUUCAUCCUUGCGCAAGGAAUCUGCAGCCCAAUCGGGGCAAGCGCCAUCUUCAACGCCUCCGUCAACUCCGUCAGCACCUGGUUUGCUAAGCGUCGUGCUUUCGCUCUCGGUGUAACAGCCGCCGGAUCCAGUCUGGGCGGAGUCAUCUUCCCUAUCAUGGUCACCCGACUAAUUCCUGAAGUCGGCUUCCCCUGGGCGAUGAGAAUCUGCGCCUUCCUCAUUUUGUUCAUGUUGGGUAUUGCCAAUCUCACGCUGAAGUCGAGAUUACCGCAUCGCCCCAAGCCAUUUGAUAUCCUGAGUUUCCUGAGGCCGUUGGCUGAGCUCAAGUUCGCACUUACGCUUGCUGGUGCCUUUUGCUUCUUCUGGGGCAUGUUCUUACCGUUCACUUUUGUUAUUACCCAGGCGGAGAGAUAUGGCAUGUCUUCCAGUCUGGCCGGGUAUCUGAUUCCGAUUUUGAAUGCCUCUAGUAUCUUCGGCCGCACGCUCCCAGGUUAUCUGGCCGACAAGGUCGGCCGCUACAAUAUGAUGGUUAUAACAACUUUCUUCUCGGCAAUCCUUGUCCUGGCCCUCUGGCUACCGUCAAAAGGCAAUGCCCCAGCAAUUGUGUUCAGCGCCCUGUACGGUUUCGGCUCUGGUGCGUUUGUCUCACUUGCACCAGCUCUUGUGGCGCAAAUCUCCGAUCUUCGCCAGGUAGGCGUGCGUAAUGGCACUUUCUUUGCUGUCAUCUCGUUUGCGGCCUUGACUGGCACUCCCAUUGGAGGUGCUUUGGUGCCGGAUGUUCUCCAUGGCAGCUACACUCGGCUACAGAUCUUCUGUGGUGUUGUCAUGAUUGUGGGGUCGACUUUGUUUGUUCUUGCCAGGGGAGCUGUUGGUGGGUUUAAACUUACGAAGGUAUAG